GUGGAUGUUUUCUUUCUGGAUUGUUGGAAACUGAUUUAAAAAGCAGCGUAAAUGAAAGAUAUCAACUCUAUUCGGUGUCGUUUUAUGAUAUAACGUUAGAUUAGUUUGUCAUGUUCGGUCUCAAUGUGUCUGUAUGUAGUUCGCGCGCUGUUUAGCUGACUGGGAAGUCAAUUACAAGAGUUGUAUCAGGGCACAGGGAAAUAAUACAUCCUCGCUGUUGUAGUGUAGUAUUUGAGACUUUCUUAUUUAGCCAUCAUGCACAGAAGAGGAGUGGGAGCUGGGGCGAUAGCCAAAAAGAAACUCGCUGAGGCAAAGUAUAAAGAGAGAGGAAGUGUCCUGGCUGAGGAUCAGAUCGCACAGAUGUCGAAACAACUGGACACGUUUAAGACCCAUUUGGAGGAGUUUGCCAGCAAACAUAAACAAGAAAUCCGUAAAAGCUCACAGUUCAGAGUGCAGUUCCAGGAGAUGUGCGCCACUAUAGGGGUUGAUCCUCUUGCAUCUGGGAAGGGAUUUUGGUCUGAAAUGCUUGGAGUUGGUGAUUUCUACUAUGAGCUCGGCGUACAGAUCAUUGAAGUCUGUUUAGCUCUAAAACACAGGAAUGGUGGUCUCAUCACAUUAGAUGAACUUCACCAUCGUGUCUUGAAAGGAAGAGGGAAGUUUGCACAAGAUGUGAGCCAGGAUGAUCUGGUGCGGGCCAUCAAAAAGCUGAAGGCAAUGGGCAACGGCUUUGGGAUGAUUCCUGUUGGUGGCACAUAUCUAGUGCAGUCUGUCCCAGCAGAGCUCAACAUGGAUCACACUGUGGUCCUUCAGCUGGCAGAAAAAAAGGGUUACGUGACAGUGAGUGAAAUCAGAGAGAGCCUCAAGUGGGAGAAAGAGCGGGCCUGUCAUGUUCUUGAUCACCUGCUGAAAGAAGGUUUAGCAUGGCUGGACUCUCAAGCUGCCGGGGAGCCGCAGUAUUGGCUGCCUGCUCUGUUCUCUGAGCUCUUAUCACAAGACGUUACACCUGAAGAGGCCAAUCAAAUGACACCUUAAGAACAAGACAUUAUUUUGUAAAUAUGCAGUCGCGGUAAAGGAGACAAAAGCCAAGGUCAAAGAAUGUCUUGUACUCUGAGAACUCGGCUUUUUUUUUUUUUUUUUUUUUUAGAAAAAAUGGGAUAAUAAAAGUAUCUGCUUUAAGUCAUAUUUCUGAAAACCCAACAAGCCUCAAUAUGUUUUAUAUGUUAGUUAUUUUAAUAUCUGACAUUUCACUGGAAAAAAAA